GCACAGGAUGUCGUCGGCUUCGGAUUCUGAAGUGUACGAGCCCACGCUGCAGAAUGUGCUGGACCAGGGCUCGCUGAAAUGGAUCUUUGUGGGUGGCAAGGGAGGCGUCGGCAAAACAACGUGCAGCUGCUCGUUGGCCAUUCAGCUGGCAAAAUCACGGCGAAGUGUGCUAUUGAUCUCGACCGAUCCGGCUCACAACAUAUCUGAUGCAUUUGCGCAAAAAUUCAGCAAAACACCCACUGCUGUCAAUGGCUUCGAUAACUUAUUUGCAAUGUUUCUGAUAUGCGUGUUGAAACUGUUCAGCAGUGUUUCAGAUGUGCUAAGUCUUGGCCGACAGGUAUUGCAGGAUAUGGUGGGUGGUUUACCUGGAAUUGAUGAGGCCAUGAGCUUCUCCGAAAUGAUCAAGCUUAUUCAGUCGAUGGAUUUCGAUGUGGUUGUUUUUGAUACGGCGCCAACAGGGCAUACUCUACGAUUGUUGCAGUUCCCAACAUUAAUUGAAAAUAGUUUAGGCAAACUUAUCGGCCUACAGAGCUCGUUGGCUCCGCUGAUGUCGCAGAUGGGCGGAUUGUUGGGGCUUGGAGAAAUAUCGGCUGAUGAUACGGCAAACAAACUUCAAGAAACGCUCGAUGUGGUGCGAAAGAUAAAUGCCCAGUUCAAGGAUCCGAAUCUCACUACAUUUAUAUGUGUUUGCAUCGCUGAGUUUUUAUCACUGUACGAAACAGAGCGUCUUGUUCAGGAGUUAACGAAGCAGAACAUUGACACCCACAACAUUGUUGUAAAUCAGGUGCUAUAUCCAGACGCCGAAGAAAAUGGCACUAUAAAAUGCAAGAAAUGUGCAGCUAGGCAUAAGAAGCAACAGGGCUAUUUGGAACAGGUACGUAACAUAGUGCUCACUGCUCCUAUUGCUGAUCUCUAUGAAGAAUUUAAUAUCACCAAACUGCCUCUGCUAGAAAGCGAAGUACGCGGACCUGAACAACUGAGCGCUUUUAGCAGAUACCUUAUUGAGCCGUAUGAUGCAAAGAUUAUGAAUGGAUCCAAUAAAAUCUAAUU